GGGCCAUCAAUGUGACGCACUGUCCUUGGACACUACCUUCCCUCAUUUCGACUCAAACAUCGACGAUGACAACGCGAUCACUCAGACUACGUCGCCCCCCUUUUCUCUGGAUAGUAUUGACAGCGCACGCCCUCCCUGGAACUACCAUCAUAUUGAAUUGCAUCAUCAUCAUCAUCCUACACAUCAUGUAGCCUCAUUUCCUUUCCCUGUUGACUACUCGUUUCCAGGAUCUUAUUCCCUUGAUACAAUUAGCGUCCACCACUUGUCACAGUCAAACACUCAAGAAGGCCAGCAGCUUGACAGUCUCUCGUGGGAUUUCCCCUGGACUAUCCCGGCCAUCACAUUACAUUAGGACGUCUAUGCAGCUACCACCUCGCCCUUAUUCAGCAGAUCCCCCACGUACCGGAGGUCUGGGGAAAAGAUUGAGGAGAACGUCGUCAGAUUCUGAUCUUGCAGAUCGAGAAACCACGACAGCCGCACUGCCACAUGCACGCGAUUCGCGUUCAGAAUCUGGGAUUAAAAAACGUACAUGUGCAGCACCGCAUGCUGCUCAGCCGUCUCUGCAUCUCCGCGCACAGCCCGUCAAGGUCACUGCCCUCGGGGAGAUGUCUCGCAUUCAAGCUUCAGCGCCACAAAGGGUGGAUUGCGAUGGUCGGCUAGUGGACGAGUCUGCCGUGCGGAAUGCGGUCGAAGGCGGACGACCUCUUCUGCACGUUUACGAAUGCCAAUGGAACAAGAACCACGCCCCAUGCGGGAUGCAUAUCGAAGGUGACCAACCAAGCGUCACGGACCAUCUCGUCAGGUUCCAUGGUUUCACAGGUGGUGAAGGAGAUACUGCUUGUCUCUGGGGCGGUUGUACCUCCAGAAAACGCGCCGCUAUGAAGGGUACGAGUAUCGCUCGUCACCUCGUCACUCACAUCGGUUACAAAGUCAAAUGUACGGCUUGCAACGUCGAUUAUGCGAGGGAAGAUGCGUGUAGGAGAAGUCAUGCCAAUGCGAGAUCAGAUUGCCAGAGGAUGCAGAUAGCCCCUGUACAUGGCGCUGGAGUUAUUGCGCUCAAGGUUCAAAACUUUGAGCCCUAUCAUUAAGAAGAGACGUGUUGUGGAUGUAUCAUGAUAGAUCUGAAAUUCUAUCGUUCCCUGCUAACAGAAUUAUGUACAUACUAUGCCGACUUUCCAUCUCUUUCUCUCCUCGAUUCCCCCGUAGAUGUUACUGCUCGUAUAUACCCCUCACGCGUCACCAUACACCCAUAAUUUAUUCUUAUUUAUUGACAUACCUCUAGGCUAUUCAUAUCCUCCAUGUAGCGUAUGCAUCCAUUUCCACCCAUUCCCAUUUAGAAUAUUAUGUAUAGUAUUCUAUGCGCAGUUGUCACUCG